AUGAAAAUGAAAAAAAUAAUACUAACAUUGUUAGUAUUAUUAUUUAUAUUAAAUUUAAUUAGAGGUGAUAGCACUGCCACAACAACAACAACAUGUAAUAGAGAUUAUGAAUGUGGGAAUUACCCAUAUGCAGCAUGUAAUGGUGGUUUGAAUUUAGGCUAUGGUAUUGUAUAUAAUUCAAAUAUUGAUAAAUUAAUAGUAUCUGGUAAAUACAAUUCAAGUGAUUCAGGUCCAUUUGGGUAUCCAUAUAUAUUCAAUUUAGAUACUAAAUCAACGAAUGGUAGUGGUAGUGGAGAAGCAACAAUUGAAAUUAAAAAUAAAAUCUAUGGUGAAAUUUUAAAUAAUGGUGGAGGUUUUACAACAUUUUAUAAAAUUUAUCAAUAUGCACCAAUUCAUAAUUAUUUAUACAUUACAUUCUAUCAAAGUGGUAGUAACAUUUUUGCAAUUUAUGAUCAAACUACAUCAAGUAUUAAACAAGUGUUAAAUAUUUGGGGUGUCCCAUUCACUAUUGGUUUUAAUAAAGAUGAAAGUAAAACUGUUUAUGGUGAAUAUGGAAUUUUCUUAAUUAAUGGUAUUCCAAGCCAAAAAUCUGAUUUCUCAAAUUCAACACUCCUCUACAAGAAUCAAAUUACCAAUGCAAUUAUAUUGCAAGAUAAUGAUAUCUACAUAUCAACUUAUGAUGGUAAAUUUUAUUUAGGUUCAACUAAUUGUAGAAAUUGUUCAAGUGAUAAAUUAAAAUUAUUAUUCACUGAUAAUAAUUCCACAACAAAUAGUGGAUUCUUUAAAAUUAAUGAUAUGAUUUAUUAUUCAAAUGAAAAUGGUAUUAGAGCAUUCUCAAUUAAUAAUUCAUCAUCAACAAUGGCACCAAUAAUUUUAACAAAUGAUAGUAUUUCAUCGAUGACAACUGAUGGUAAAAAUAUUUAUUAUAUUAUUACUGGUUCAACAGGUUCAUCAUUUACAAAUAAUGCAGUAGUUAAAUCAAUUUCAAUUUUAAAAGGUAGCGGUGGUAGUGGUAGUGGUAGUGGUAGUGGUAGUGGUAGUGGUAGUGGUAGUGGUAGUGGUAGUGGUAGUGGUAGUGGUAGUGGUAGUGGUAGUGGUAGUGGUAGUGGUAGUGGUAGUGGUAGUGGUAGUGGUAGUGGUAGUGGUAGUGGUAGUGGUGGUAAUUCAAAACCAAUGGUUAUAUAUACCCCAAAAUCAAAUAAUCAAUGUCAAUGUGCAGUUGGUUUCAAAGGUGAUAAAUGUGAAACUUGUGAUGGUAAAACACUAUGGAAUAAUGGUAUUCCUUUAUGCACUCCAAUUGAUAAUGAAACAGGUUAUCCUAAAACAUGUUUCACCCCUCAAGAUUGCUCAACUAGUCAAUUUGUAUUCUGUAAUGGUACAUGUAGUUGUUUGCCUGGCUUUACUCAAUCAAAGAAUGAUUGUAUUUGUUCAAACCCUGGUUCAGUUAUUUGGACAAAUGGUUAUCCAACUUGUUUUGUUGAUCCAAAUUAA